AUGAGCACCGUUGGAGCAAUUGAUCUUAGAUGGCCUCUUAGAGUGCGCACUCUGGGAGUGCUCAUCGAUAUCAAAUACGAAUACAAAUAUGAGAAUCACCAAGAAAUCAAUACGACCUUUUCCACUUCUCCAAUCACGUUGCUCGCUGAUUCCGAGUUGGACAAGAAUAGGACAGCGGCCCAGGAGCCGUUUCGCGGGCUGAGGCCCAAUGGGUGGCGACGUGUUUUGACGAAUCCCUCUAUACAUAGCGUUGUCGAGGCCUGUGCAUGUACAUUGCAAGGAGGCACUAUCACUACCUCGUCUAUCUUGUUGCGCAAAGUACACAGCGUCGGACAAGGUUCAAACGUUCACGUUGCCGACAAGACUCGGAAGUGGGGCUAUGUUUCAAAGGGUCACUCCAAAUAUGAUGCUCGAUGCUCGACUCUGCAGCUGCAGACUAUUGCUAUUGAUUUUGACUUGCCCACGAUCAUCAAUGACCGUAUAAUGGGCUACAAAUAUUGCAAGUGGAUGGUUCGUACAGUGGAAUCAAUCGACAGCAGGAAUGUUGAUAUCUAUAUGGGUAGAUGGAAAAAAUAUAUGGAAGAUGAUGUACCUGUGGGUUACCGAAUCCCAGGACAGCGAUCAUACUUCUGGGUAGUGCCAAUAUACAGCAUCGCGGAGGAUAUUGUAUAA